GUACUCCUUCCCGCCACUAGCCGUUAGCCUCCCCCGGCUAGUCGCUCCAAGCUAACAGUCAAUGGCGGUCCUGGAUGCUACAACGCCGCUGGAAAAUGCAUUCGGAGGUAAAGCCGCCUGGCCGGCAGAUACAAAACGUCUUUUAUAAAUGAACAUUCGUGUUUUCUUACGUGUUUCGUGACGACAUGCCGGACUGGAGCGUCGUAAAAAAGGACAACGAAGGUUUAGCCCGCAGCUAGCCACAAUGCUGUUAGCUUAGCCGGCUAGGUAAAUAUUAGCCCGCACGUCUUCCAUACGCCAUAUAAGUCAUUUUAAAAAUAUUAAUAAUAGUUUUUAUUCCACCCGGGUGAAUAAUUGACGUGGCUCGGACAUGGACGGGGUGGUAGAUAACGCAUUAGCAGUGGCUAGCCUGCUAGCGUGCUAGCUGACGCAAGCGAGGCAUUGUUAUUUUUAUUUUUUAUUUUUUUAUCAUAUAUAUAUAUACAUAUAUUUUUUUUUUGGCUACAUUGUUUUUUUUUUUAUUUUAGUUUUUUUUUUUUUUUUUUGCUCCACUUCCGCCACCAUGUUUGAGACGGAGACCCACGUUUCGUGCCUUUUCCCCGAGAUCCUGGCCAUCAUUUUCAGCUACCUGGAGGUGAAGGACAAAGGGCGGGUAGCGCAGGUGUGCGCGGCCUGGCGGGACGCGUCCUACCACAAGUCGGUGUGGCGCGGCGUGGAGGCCAAGCUCCACCUGCGCCGUGCCAACCCCUCGCUCUUCCCCAGCCUGCAGACGCGCGGCGUCAAGAAGGUGCAGAUCCUCAGCCUGCGCCGCAGCCUGAGCUACGUCGUCCAGGGCAUGCCGCACAUUGAGAGCCUCAACCUGUGCGGCUGCUUCAACCUGACGGACAACGGCCUGUGCCACGCCUUCGUGCAGGACAUCCCCUCCCUGCGGGUGCUCAACCUCAGCCUGUGCAAGCAGAUCAGCGACUCCAGCCUGGGCCGCAUCGCCCAGUACCUGAAGAACCUGGAGGUGCUGGAGCUGGGCGGCUGCAGCAACAUCACCAACACGGGCCUGCUGCUGGUGGCCUGGGGCCUGCACCGGCUGCGGAGCUUGAACCUGCGCAGCUGCCGCCACGUGUCGGACGUGGGCAUCGGGCACCUGGCGGGCAUGACGCGCAGCGCCGCCGAGGGCUGCCUGGCGUUGGAGAAGCUCACCUUGCAGGACUGCCAGAAGCUCACCGACCUCUCGCUCAAGCACGUCUCCAAGGGGCUGGGCCGGCUCAAGGUGCUCAACCUGAGCUUCUGCGGCGGGAUCUCGGACGCCGGCAUGAUCCACCUGUCCCACAUGACGCACCUGUGCAGCCUCAACCUGCGCUCCUGCGACAACAUCAGCGACACGGGCGUCAUGCACCUGGCCAUGGGCUCGCUGCGCCUCUCGGGCCUGGACGUGUCCUUCUGCGACAAGAUCGGCGACCAGAGCCUGGCCCACAUCGCCCAGGGACUGGAUCGGCUCAAGUCGCUGUCGCUGUGCUCCUGCCACGUCAGCGACGACGGCAUCAACCGCAUGGUGCGGCAGAUGCACGAGCUGCGGACGCUGAACAUCGGGCAGUGCGUGCGCAUCACCGACAAAGGCCUGGAGCUCAUCGCCGACCACCUGGGCCAGCUGACGGGCAUCGACCUGUACGGCUGCACCAAGAUCACCAAGCGGGGCCUGGAGAGGAUCACCCGGCUGCCCUGCCUGAAGGUCCUCAACCUGGGCUUGUGGCAGAUGACCGACAGCGAGCGCUUGAGGUAGAGGCGGUUGCCAUGGAUACCAAACAUUUCACCAGACAGCUACCACAGCAGUGCCUAACCACACGACGUCGUCUAUUUUUUACAAAGUAAUAAUCAGUCUAAUUCCUAAACAGACCCCGAUGUAUUUUUCUAACAAUAUUUUUUUUUCAAGGGGGAAUAAAUAAUGUCGGUACUUCAAAUUGAAGUGGACACAUGUCACAUUCCACAGGAUGAGAAGGAAAAAGUGGGACUUGCGAUCGCUUCCUCGACGGAUUAUGCAAGAACAAACUUCUGGAAACGAGCUCUCAAUAAUCUCAAGAGUAUUUCUUUUAAGUAAACAGUAAUUUAAGAUGGUUUUAUAUUCAUACUGUAGUGAUAUUUAUAAAUAAAAAUGGCAAAUAUGUUUCA